ACGUCAAUAUCGUUAUCAUGUUGUGUCAUAAUCAUAAGCAUCUCAAACAUAAGCUGGCCCUUAUCAUGACGAGUUUUGUAGUGAAUUACUUUACUUGAUACUGUUUGACGUACACAAAGAUGUGUAUUAAUAAAAGAUUUCAGCAUUCGAUUCUUGAACUAUGUUUUUCUAUGUUAGAUAUGGGUUUAACAGUUUAGUUCCCUACAGAUCUGUUUUUCAGAACACUUUUCAGAACACACUGAAAUCCUUCGCAAGAAAAACUACCAUGCACGCGAAGCCUCCCAAUAUUUUGGUUUAUGCCAAGACUGAAUCGAUAAGAAUUGGUUUGGUUGAGUCAUUGCGUACUAUCGUGCAAUCAAAUACCUACACAGUUUAUCCAAUCACAGAAUCACAAGCAAGAAAUCGAGCGUGGCCCGAUAGCACAGCAUUGCUACUCGUACAUGGACCAAUUGAGCAGGGGCUAACGGAUGUAUUCUUAGAUUUUUUCUUAAAUGGUGGAAAGUUGUUUGGUAUUUGCUGCAUGGAAAUCUUACAAAAAAUCCAGAGUUUAAAAUCAUGUGAAGGUGAUAUUCAGUUUCCGAAGUUUUUGGGAAAUAUUCAAAGUGCUAGAGAAAUACACAUUGAUGUUUUGUCGCAUAGCGGCACCGCCUCUUCACUUACAAUUGUAAAGUCAACGGGAAAGGCGGUGUUUAGCACAAAAAAGCUAACUAAUGUUUCUGCAAGUGAUAGUAAGCCUAAUUUGAGACUAUACAAAGAUGUGCUGAGCUCUCAGCUUGAUAUCCACGUAGCAACUCUAAACUGCAAUGAAACACCAGACAGUGAAAUGGGCUUCUUGAUGGGAUCCGACAAAUGCAAAACUGAUUUUCUAGCACAGGUUAACGAUUUAUCAGACGCUAGCGAUGUUCUUAAAACGGGCAAAAUUUCUCUACAAUUUUUCAGCGAACCAUUGUCUCCAAUAAUACCCACUUCUGUUUUGAAACCAAUUUCGCUGAAUCAUGUGCCUAUUGAUUUUUCUGCAAGUGACUAUUACAAUAAUCUCAAAACGUACACAUUUGGUAGAUUAGCACUUUAUUUACCCGUGGUUAGCAGUUCAAUGGAAAUCGUUUCGAAUGCUAGGCUGACUCACGGAUUCGUUGUCAUUCCCCGCCGACAGACUAACGGAAUCGGUCGCAGCAACAAUCAAUGGCUAAGUCCAAAAGGAUGCGCAAUGUUUUCAAUCCAACUGCAUGUUCCACUGUACAGUCCGUUGGGGCAACGGUUGCCGCUAGCUCAACAUUUGGUUGCAAUCGCUAUAGUGAAAGCUAUUCGUGAAAGUGGACCAGGGUUUGACCAGUUGGACGUUCGACUGAAAUGGCCGAAUGAUAUAUACGCGAAUGGCGUAACGAAAAUUGGUGGCUGUAUUACCAACUCACAGGUUCAAAGCACUGAAGCGAUCGUAAACAUAGGCUGCGCUCUGAAUCUCAGCAAUUCGACUCCGACAGUUUGCUUGGAUGAUCUGAUUCAUGACAUCAAUUCAAGAAUGGGUACAAAUCUUCCAAAUCUGAGAUAUGAACAAAUUCUGGCGCUAAUUUUCAAUGAAAUUGAAAGACUUUUCAAUAAAGUUCAAUGCGAGGAUUUGCAUUGUUUGUAUGAACUCUACUAUCGAUACUGGCUCCAUCAAGAUAAACUUGUCACGGUCAAAAACGAGGAAGGAUCUGAGGUCACCGGUCGAAUCAAGAGCAUUGAUGAGUACGGAUAUUUGCUUGUAGAACUGGACAACCACGUGAAACCUAUUUGUAUUCAUCCCGAUGGAAACAGUUUCGAUAUGAUGAAAGGGUUGAUCAUUCCAAAAAACUUUUAAAAUUAUUAAGUUUAUAAUUUAUACUGUAAGUAAAUAUUGUAAAUCAUUUGUUGACGUUUGAAAUUAGUUAGAAUCGGUACAGUUUUAGUAGGAAUACAAGUAUUAAUAUAAAAAA